AUGAAUCUUACUUUGUUUUUUUUACUGUUAAUAUUAAUAUAUGUAAAGUCACAGAAACCAAUUAAAAAUGAAACAGUGUCACUAGAAAACGAGAAUUUAAAAAUACCUUUAUUUCUUGAUGUUUCCAGUAACAAGUUGGGGUUGAAUUUAGUAGUUGGAAAAAGAACCGUUUUAUUAGUAAUUGAUACAUUAAAUGAGGGAAUUCGGUUAUUUCAAGAUGGCACUGAGGCUUGUAAUAAAGGUAAACUAGGUUACUCAUUUAGAAGUAGAACCAGCUUUGAAGAUAAGGACGAAAGUAAUGAGAACGGUAAUGUUGGAUGGAGUGAAAAUAAUUGUUAUGAUCCAUUACUAUCUGAUUCCGCUUCCUGGUGUUAUAAUAAGGAUUAUUGCAGAAUCAGUUACUAUAUAAAUUCAUAUAAAUGUGAAAAGAAUAGGAAGUUUCCUGAUACAAAAGAAAAUGGGGCUUUUAACACUUUUUUUCAUACUAAUGAAAAGGUUUACGAUGGUAUAAGUAAAUUGGAAGUCUUCUUAGAAGGGAAUGAAUUGGUAAUACUUCCAUGGACGAUUCCAGAAUUGACUUUACAGGAAUUUCCUAUUAAACUGAUAAAGAGUAAUUUAUCUACGGGAAGUGGAGAAAAUUGGCCAUCUUUUCACAAUUUUGAUGGUUUUAUUGGUUUAGUAGGUUCUUCUAUCUCAUGCAGAGGUAUAUCAAUUUGGAGCGAUAUAUUAAUGCUGUACAACACAUCGAAGUAUACUUUUGAUGUGAAUUUUGAAAAUCCUAAUUCAUCUUUUCUAUAUUUAAAUAAUUUACCUGAAUAUUGGGAUCCUAAUUUAAUUUAUUGGAGUGAGUCUAAGCAAUCUGGAUUUGUCUACGAUGAUGCAUUAAGUGUAUUUCAAAUUUAUAAUUUAAAAGUAUGUGAUUCAAAUAUUAUGGGAGAAAUAUCUUCCAAUUGGCUUGCUGCUUUGGAUUUAUCAUCAACUUGUUUAUCUUUACCUCCCUUUUUAUUUGCAAGAUUAGUAAAAUGGCUGCCUUUAGAAUGUCCCGAGUAUAUUAAUGAUAAUAAUAGAUUUGAGUUUGAUAAAUCAAAAGAAAAAAAUCUAGAUAAUGAUGAAUUGUUCCCAUAUUCAUCUUUAUGUAUUGUUAAGAAGAAACCAUUACCUGUCGUUUCUUUUUGGUUAAGCCAAAUGGAGCUUAAUAAUGGUGAAGUAGAGCCUAUAAAGAUCAUUCUGGAUGAUUAUAUCAUUAGUUUCAACAACAUUGAUUAUUUGUGUAUACUUAAUUCUUCGCAAGGUACUUUUGGAAAAAUUAAUUACAUACCUUAUAAUGAAAGUUAUAAUUUCAACUACUUAUCUCCUUAUUAUACAUCCUCAAAUACUCCCAUGAUACUUUUUGGAUCCCUUUUCCUUAAAUCAUAUGGCAUAGUAGUUGAUCAUAGUUCAGGAAAAGUUGGGUUCUAUCCUAAAUUCAAAUAUAAAAACCAUAAUUCUAAUAAUAUUGAAUAUUCUACAAAUUCCAAUUGUAUUCCAAAGAAAGAGUGUCUAACGGAAAAUGGAUUCAAAUACGAUUCGUCUGUUAAUGAAUGUAUUCCUCCAAAUUGUUCAGACUGGCUUCUCUAUGAUUUUAAUGCUGAAACUAAUACAUGCGAACUCAAUUCAGUCUUUCCUUUAAUACUCACUUUUAUUAUCAUUUUAUUCACUUUUUUUGAGAUACAUAUAAUGUAUCUUAAACAGACUGUUCUUGACAGAUCUAAUGCAAUUCCUAAUUCAUGA